CCGAGGCAGCUGACUUGAUCUUAUGCACGACGUGGAAGGUGAAAGCCAGUGAAUGGCUGUCUACGAUGAUGGACAAUGUAGUCUAUAAAGUAUAUUGGGUCUCCCGAUCGUCCAUCUCAAUGCUACCUACUCCUCUUCUUUUCUAUAUGCCCGCCCCGGCAAGUUGCGUGCACAUCUUGAUGACCUGCUAGACUCGCAACUAUGUCCAAUAAGCAGUCCAAACAGGGAAAGCCGCACCACCAUCCCCAUCGUCGCUCUCAUCAUUCUAGACCGGCUGUAUCGCCUCACAGCCGACGAGGACGUAGCCGAAGUAGACCUGAGAGGAGAGCCAGGAGCAGCUCCGUCCGACAUCAGAACCGUUCCAUCCCCCCGCCCCGUGUCCGUUCCCAUUCUCGAUCCCUUCCUCGCCGAACGGUAAACGCUAGGGAUAUACCAUUCUACAUCCCACCAAGCGGACAGAAUGGAAGCUCUAUUCCAACUAUCAUCGUAGAAGCACUGCGAAAGCAGGACGCGGAGCAGAACGAAGCCCUCACGGCCACAAAUCUUGGACACCGGCAGCCAACCCCUCCUCCGGAUCCCAACGCACAAGAGAACGCAAUGGCCCAGAUCCCUACAGCCCCAGCCCCAGCCCCAGCUCCAACCCCGGGAUUGAAGCGUCGGCCGUCAUCAUCACCAGCUGCAGCAAACGCAAGACGGCGGCGGCGGCGACGCCCCCGACCACGCCAACGUAGCGUAAUAUCAGAUCCAGAGUCCGAUCCAAUCCCACCGCCUCGGCCACAGCCAGCUCCGUUCUACCCACCACGACCCCCUUCACCCUCGUUCUCGUUCCUCGGGAUUAAGAGAACGAAAACGGAAAAAGAGAGGCGUGAGCAGGAGGCCAAAAAGAAGCGCGACAAGAGAGAGGACAGACGACUAAGAAAGGAGGGGCAAAGAGGUCGUUACGAAAAGCUCGAGUCACCCAAGAGAGCAAAAGCUCCUAGGCCGAAGAAGUUGUCCAAAUCUCCCCCACAACGAGCAACUUCUGCACCGCCGCUGAGUAAAGUUGCUGUGCAAGAGCAAUAUGAAGAGCAUUUGUACGAAGAACAAGCCCCCUCGGGCCAAGGAAGUCAGCGCGGACAACACCAACCCCGGCAAAAGGGGAGUAAACAGCGGCACAAGAAACACCACCGCCGCCUCGCCGAGCAGCACCAUCGACGGCAGCAGAAACGAAGGAACAAAUUCACCAUGCGGGAUUUCUUCAAAUCGCUGCGGAGGAAACUAGGGAAUCUAUUUAGAUUCACGAUGCCGACCCCAAGCGCACCGCCCGUGCAACAACCCGCACCCCAAUACCAAGACACUGCGUAUUACUCGAGUCCCACGCGAGACAUACCGUACAACGUCCAAUGGGCCCAAUACGCGCAGAACGAAAGCCAGAUCUUCACCGGGCAGGCACGGCGCGGCAGCGGCCGCCAGCGCGUAACCAGCAAGCAGCAGCCGCUGCCGUACUUCAUGCACGGCGGACGCUCGCCCGCGACAUCAUGGCACUCGCGGCUCUCGAUGCAGGGUUCCACGCGGCGCUUCACGGCGACGGUAGAAUCCGCGCCCGGGUCCGCCAUCGGCGUCGCCGUCACGACGGAGGAAAUCGACCGGAUCACGCCCCUGGCGCCCACGCCGGGGGUAAACACACAGCGGCAUUCGCACCAGUCCUCGACGUCGGCGAUAUCCGUCAUCGCGAGGCGGUUCAUGGGGCCGUUCUUGUCCGAGCCAGGGGAUUCCAUGAUCUUCGAGAACGGCAAUGGGAGUCAGAAACGGCUGAGCUGGCGAAGCCAUAAAUUGCUCACGGCCGGCUCGGCCCCGGCGUCGAGGCCCGUGACGCCUCCUUCGUCGCGGAAUCCGAGCCCGGCGGCGCAGGCGCGCGGACGGAGCGCGGAGCGAAAUGUGGAGGGGGAAGGACAGAGCGAGGCCGCUGUCCCCAUGUCCUUCCCGUUCACGGAGGAGGAUAGAAGAAGCCCCUCGGCCUCGGCGUAUCACGGUUCUCCGUCGCCCGUGGCAUCGCCUGCGUCCCCCUCGCCACUCGCGUCCCCGCCUUUAUCGCCUGAUUACGGACUCGACGAGCUCUUCGCCACGCCGGCCGAGGUCCAUACCCCUGCCCACGGCACCCCUGUGAUGAGGCUCUCGUCGCCUGAUUACGGGAUUCAGAGAUUGUUCUCCCCGUCGCCGGCUAGUACGGGAUCGAAUUUCGGGCUGCGACGGCUGUUUGGGGAUUGAUUGAUAGGAGAAAGAUAGGUGGAUGGUAUUGUUUCAUAGGGGAAUAUUCGUAUAUAGAUUGCGAUUUUUUUAUUUUUUUUUUUUGCGCCAUAGAUAUAAGUGUAAGACGGGAUAACAUCCAUGGGGAAUUAUAUAGGCCGGCGGGCAAGGCAAUGCGCGUACCGCUGGCUGUGGUUGAUGGGUUGGUUGGCUGUAUAUGGCACG